AAUUCGUCAUUCACGUUCUUCUUACAAUUUCGUGAGAAUAAUGAUGCGCCCAUUGUCACUUAGCAAUACCGUUAAUGAAUAAACCAUGAUUGAAAAGUGCACCAAAAAACGUAUGCUCAUCUCCAUUGCUCUUCUCAUCGGAUUGUCCAUUGCAAUUGUUCUACUGGAGCAUCAUCUGACGCAAAACUCUCAUCACACCUCCCACUUCCACGCCAAUCAUUCCGGCAAUCAUUCUGGCAACCAAUGCUGGCUGCAUGGUGAAAAGAUCACAGUUUUGGAAGACUGUCACCCAUGCACGGAAUUUGAAAAGAACAGCCAGAGUGUGGGCUCCUGUGUAGCAACUGGCUACAAGGAGAAGAUUCGCUGCGAGACUUCUGGUGAUACAUAUAGAAGCUGUGAACGAGUCCUGUGGCUAGAAGAACGGCGGUUUUGGACACUUGAAAUAGCGGCCAAAGUCGAUCCCGAUCUCGUUUUAAUAACUACUCUACCUCUCCUGAUAGUGGGUGAAUGCGAGAAUCUGUCCCGUCUCACCGUGUCCGGUCUGGCAGCAGUCAGCCGACACUUGAUGAAAGAAUCGAACGAUCCUGUGGUACUAAAUGCCAUGGGAUUUCGCGGUAAUUGUUUACAGGCUCCAGCCGAGUGCUCCAUUUGGACUUCCUUUUGCGAAGUCCAAAUGAUUCAGACGACGAUCCUUUUUCUGACUCAGCCGCAACAACCAGACGUUGUCGAAAUCCCUGUGGCCCUUGUCAAACUGGAGGAACACCUGAAGCAGCCGAUUCGAAUGCACAAUGUCGUUAAACGAUGGCAGGUGGAAGAGCCUCGCUCAGCCGCGGGUGGACAACUCAAAAGACAAGAGAUACAGAAGCUGGCUGGUGCCUUGCUGGACCACACUUAUGCCGAAGGGCCCGACAUGACAUUGGCCGACCUUAUCCUCUUUCCUUGCGUGACCCUUUUGUCCCAACGACUAUCGAUUCUAGGCGUCCAUUUGGCCGACCACUUGCCUCGAGUGGCUGGUUGGCUGACAACAAUGAAAGUUUUGGCGAGUCCAGCGUGGAGCCAAACGUUAGGUGAGAUGCCAUUCCUCGAUAUUGGGUCGUUGAGGAUUCAGUCUCAUCCGACGGUCAAAGUCCCUCGAGCCAAAGAAGCCAGCCUGUACAAGAAAGACGCUGCACGACGCACAGGCACUGCGGGUAACUUGAGUGCCGAAGAGGUGGCCAGGGUUAUCGACCUGUUGAAAAGACAACGGCUGAUGUGGUUGCAAGAUGAUAUCGAAGGCGGAACUGCUGGAGUGACCACCGAUUUGCCGGAAGGCUUGAUUAGCCACAUCGACGUGACUCCUUGCUCUGAUUUCACGGCCAAAAUUGGCUGGUCAGCUCUACCCGAUCCGGCCCACCCUCAGCAAGGCCACGUGCCCGGAUCCCGUCUCGAUCGAAAAAUCCAGCAGUUGGAUGGGAUGGCGGCAGCUGUUGUCGACGCUGUAUCAGUGGGCGACGUCGUCGUCGAUUUCUGCUCUGGUGGUGGUCAUUUGGGCAUUUUAUUGGCCUACCUUCUGCCUCGCUGCCAUGUCAUUAUGGUCGAUAAUAAAGAAGAAUCUAUUCGCAAUGCUCGGCAACGAGUUGCCCAACUGAAAUUGGAUAACGUCACCAUCAUUCAGAGUAAUUUGGACUAUUUUCGUGGGCGUUUCGACUUGGGUGUCGCCUUGCAUGCGUGCGGAGUCGCCACCGAUCUCGUCUUGCAAACCUGCUUGACCCAGCGGGCAGCCUUCGUCCUUUGCCCGUGCUGUUACGGAAAUUUGGCCCACCCGGAUCUACCUAUUCAGUAUCCGCAAAGUCAAUUGUAUUGCAGUCGCGAUAUUCCGGCCGCUGAUUUCUCCGUUUUGGCACGGAUGGCAGACCACAUCACGCCGACUGGUAGGAUGGCCAUGGCUGCCGCUCGCGGACCCAAGAAGCAUUUGAAGCGUUUAGCCGCGCCGAAGUCAUGGAUGUUGGAUAAAUUGGGUGGUGUUUUUGCUCCACGACCAAGCACUGGCCCACACAAGUUGAGGGAAUCACUUCCCUUGGUUGUUUUCCUUCGUAACCGUCUGAAGUAUGCCUUGAACAACUCUGAAGUGACCAAAAUCGUCAUGCAAAGGCUCAUCAAAGUCGACGGUAAAGUCCGUACCGACUCCAACUACCCAGCCGGUUUCAUGGACGUUAUCACCAUUGACAAGACUGGUGAAUAUUUCCGCUUGGUAUAUGAUGUCAAGGGCCGCUUUGCCAUCCACAGAAUUACUGCUGAGGAGGCCAAGUACAAGCUUUGCAAAGUUCGACGCGUUCAGGUUGGACCCAAGGGAAUCCCCUUCAUCACCACCCAUGACGGACGCACAAUCCGAUACCCCGAUCCAUUGGUCAAGGUUAACGACACCAUCCAGUUGGACAUUGCUACCAACAAAAUCAUGGACUUCAUCAAGUUUGACUCUGGCAAUUUGUGCAUGAUCACUGGUGGUCGUAACUUGGGGCGAGUCGGAACCAUCAUCAACCGUGAACGUCACCCUGGUUCUUUCGAUAUUGUCCACGUUAAGGAUGCUCUUGGCCACCUUUUUGCCACCAGGUUGAACAAUGUCUUCAUUAUUGGAAAGGGCAGCAAGGCUUACAUUUCUCUGCCUCGCGACAAGGGUGUUAAGCUGAGCAUUGCGGAAGAAAGGAACAAGCGCUUGGCUGCCAAAGCUGCCGCUUAAAUGACUUAUUUCGAAGCUGAAGCCGUGUGUAAUUUCCACCCGAUGAAUACACGGUGUUGGCUGUAA